CGUCGUCGAGUGCGGUCGCACAACGCAGCAUCAUGGCAACCAAAGUGUCGAAGGAUAUCCUGUACGAAUGUGUGAACGAGGUGCUGAAGGGCUCGAAGAAAAAGCACCGCCGCUUCCUGGAGACUGUUGAACUCCAGAUCGGACUGAAGAACUACGAUCCCCAGAAGGACAAGCGUUUCUCGGGCACUGUCAAGUACGUUUCAACCUGAUCUUCCGGUGGGUGACCCCACAUUGGUUGAGAAAUCAGGAAGUCUCCCUCCACGGGGAGACGGACCUGCACUCAGGGUCUUAAAACAAAUGAGGAGGCUUGGUUUCGAUGGCAUUCUACCCUGUGUGGGUGUCGCUCGGACCUCGCCGAACCCCCUUUUGCUUCUCCUUGAUUAACACUUGUUCAAGAGCUCUCAUCCGUCAGCGGUGGCUAAAGUACAUCCCGCGCCCGAAGAUGCAGGUGUGCGUCCUCGGAGACCAGCAGCACUGCGAUGAGGCCAAGGCCAACGACAUUCCCUACAUGGAUGCCGAAGCGCUGAAGAAGCUGAACAAGAACAAGAAGUUGGUCAAGAAGCUAGCCAAGAAGUACGACGCUUUCCUGGCUUCGGAAUCGCUUAUCAAGCAGAUCCCACGUCUGUUGGGUCCCGGUUUGAACAAGGCCGGUAAGUUCCCGGGUCUGCUCGCCCACAGCGAAUCGAUGGUGCAGAAGAUCGACGAAGUCAAGGCCACCAUCAAGUUCCAGAUGAAGAAGGUCUUGUGCCUGUCGGUUGCCGUCGGACACGUCAAGAUGACCCCGGAUGAGCUCGCCCAGAACGUGCAUUUGUCGAUCAACUUCCUGGUUUCGCUGCUCAAGAAGCACUGGCAAAACGUCCGCUCGCUUCACAUCAAGUCCUCGAUGGGAGCCGCCCAGCGUCUGUACUAAGAUUGGAUGGAAACGGAGCGGUCCGGAUCGCGGUACCAUUUUACGGUACUCGCCGGGAUCGCCUAUGAUGUACGUAUGUUACAAACUUCGGAUAGACCUAUGCGUAAGUAAAAUUUUUGCAAUUUAAAUACAACCGGAUCGUUGCAAAAGAAA